ACACGGAUGUGAGGAUAAGUGAUUCGGGAAAUGGAUGCCUGGAUGUUGUUUCGUAUGAACUCUCGCCAAAAAAUGUUCGCUUUUACAACAUUGUUAUGGCGCCCCCACGUGGCGCUCUCUGCAACUCCCACUCCUUCCCGUCCCGGAAGACAGCACUGUGGAAAUGAACAUAAAGAGUGAUGGAAAUGGCGUCAGUCACGGUCCGUGGCUGUGCUCUGUGCACGGUCACUUUGCUCAACUUUGGCUUCGUCUUCAUAUCCGGCGCGGAUUUUAUUCGCUUUCUAUCAUUCCGAGCUAUUUACCAUAACAUCACCGGAGACACGAUACUGUGCCAAGACUCCAUACCAUGGUCAGAGGCACUACGGGACAGCUCUGUCCUCAAGUCUCUGGGCGUGGAUGUGACUCUGCUGGCUCUCUUCACCUUGCAACACAGUCUGCUCGCAUGGCCACCUGUCAAACAGGCCUGUCAGUCCAUCCUGGGCUCCCUGAACAGAACCACAUACUGCUUCACCACCGCACUGACUCUCCAGAUCCUGAUGCAUUCUUGGCAGCCUGUAACUGGCGCCCCCUGUCUGUGGUCAGUGCGCCAAGCACCUUGGAGUGUCUGGUUCCCUCUGCUCUGUUUCACGGUGCACUUCUUCUGCUGGGCCAUCAUCUGCACCAUCCUCAUGAUGUUUGACUACCCAGAAUUGUUGGGCAUUAAGCAGGUGUAUUACCAGUGUUUAGGCCUGGGGGACCCCUUGUCCUACAAGUCGUCUCAAGCUCAACGCUUCCUCUCUCACUUCCGCCAUCCGGUGUGCCUGGAGCUAGGCGUUGUGUUGUGGCUCCUGCCGGCUUUAUCCCUGGACAGGCUGCUGCUGGCAUUAACGUUGUCAGUCUACCUGGCGCUGGCACACCCGCUGGACAAACAGGAUUUAGCUUUCGUUUGCGACCAUCUUAGCCGCAAGGUGCAGCUCUUUACGGAGCCGUACUGGGUCAAAGGCCCAACCCCCAGCCUGGACAGCAAUCACAAGGACAAGUGAAAUAAUUAUGCUGCUGUGAGCUGAAGCCAAUGUAACACAAAACAGUCUUAAAACUGACUGGUUUACUGGACUUGGAAGACCCUCCGUGACCUUUUUGCACCUUCUUGAUGUAUUAGUCAAUUUGCGCUUUCACCAAAGGAGGGUCCGGUUCUAAAAUAUGAACCAUUCUUUUUUUUUUUCCUUUUCAGUAUUAGUGGAUUAUUUCAUGUUGGUUGGCUAAUGGCGGAUGUGAUUAAUUGGCUGUCAUUAA